CGUGGAGAAAAGGAAGGGCCAUGAAAAGCACGGCUCAGGAAAAACAACGGCGGACAGCCCGCCUCCACCGCCGUGGCGCCGUUCACCCCGCCCCGCGUUCUCUCUCCCUCGGCGACGGCUCGACGACCGCCGCGCCGCCCUACGCUCCAGCCUCCAUGUGCUUCGCGGGGCCCUUCGCCGUCGACUAACACACCACCACCACCAUGUACGACCGCCCCAUCUCUUCCCUUCCUGCUCUACGAAGCCUAGCACCAAACCCUAACUGUUUGUUUUAUUCGGAUUUGUUCCAAACUACAAAUGUGGUGUAUGUAGUAUUGUGUCCACUAACUUUGCUCUCUUUUUUUUUCCCUUUUUCUUUUUGCAAAAAAACAUCGGGUGUACAUGUGUUCACCCGUGCCGUUUACUGGGUCGGCAGUCGGCCGGCACCUGGCCCAAGGGUUGAGCAUGGAGAUCACGAACGAGAUGCUUAAGAGACUGCCGAGACUACGUGAGUAGCCUGUUUUCUUCUCCAGUCCAAUUCAUAUGCUUGACCAUGGACAAAAUAGCCUUGUUGCUGCCCAAUAAGUGGCGAAAUCGCCAUCGGGUCAAGGAACGUUAAAUUUUCAGCAAUGAUAAAUUUCUGUCAUUUGCUAAAAAAAAGGCAUUUCAACACGUCACAUUCUUAACGGACGCAUAUAUAGUUAAAUCCUAUGGGGGUAGAACAUAGUACAGCUUGAACAUUGAACAGCCAGAACAUGCUAAAUGCUGCUUCGGUUCCCCUGCUCCCAAAUAAUUAUCAAACUCAGUCACUCUCUCUUUCCAGUUCCUCCCGAAUUUCUCCUUCGAAGCCUAUCAUUAUUGCCAUGAACCGAGACACGUGUCAUCCCUGUCAUACUUUGGUGAUGCCAAACUUGAAGAAAAUAAUGGUGUUUGGACAGCAAUGAGCCAAUGAUGCCAAAGCUUGCUGCGUUUGUGAUUUCGACAUGUAGGACUCAAUUAUCAUCCAAUGUUUCUUUACUAGUAUAUAGUAAGUGGGACAUUUUCUUUUUUAGAUUUCAUAGCAGGGAAGUCAGUAGUGACAAUGGUCCCCAAACUGGUGCACGGUUUAUGUGUGAUCCUUUGAAGCCAGAUGAUCCACGAGUUCAACAUUUAAUGCUGCUGAUUUGGUAGCACCACUGCACCAGUACUCUGUCCAUUUGCGCAGCCAAUAUUUUUGGCAGGCAAAUGGCUUCCAUGCGCAAAUGAACUGGUGGACAGCUUACUGAUAGCAUUGUACACACCAAUUUUGGUAGCUAUCAAAAUGCUAGCAAAAUUUCUUUGGUGUUGCCAAACUUGUGAAGGCUUGCGGGGAUCCAAACCAAAUAGCCCUCGAGAACCCUAUGCUGCUGUAGCCAAGCAGAUGCCCGCUAGUCCCUCGCUUUCUCUCUUCCACCCGCUCCUCACGCCGCCACAGCGCCACUGCUCCUUCGGCCUAGUUGAGGAGAGAUACAUCCAUCCUGGCCUGGAUUGGCUGGUGCUGGUCCUUCUGCUGGUUCUUCAGUUGCCAAGGCCAUAUCCCUGGUACCUGAUUGACUAGUCGCUGCUUAUUGUCAUAAAGCUUUUUGGAGGGUUUGCUGGUUGCUGCCAUGACAAGUCCACCUAGGGUGAGCAUGGAGAUCACUGAUGAGGUGGUCAAGAGCAUGAAGAUAGGGUUGGUCUUUCAAGGCUAUAAUGGCAGAAUUUGUUCUAUGGACUUUCACAGCAAGGCUACCAACUAUCUCGUGACAGCUAGCGAUGAUGAAUCAAUCCGUUUAUACGAUACCCAAGAUGCAGUGUGUUUGAAUACUAUUAAUAGCAAAAAAUAUGGGGUUGGACUUGUGUGCUUCACUGAUAACCCAUCUAUUGUCUUAUAUUCAUCGAACAAUGGCUGGGAUGAAUCUCUGCGUCUGCUCUCAAUGAAUGAUAACCGGUUUAUUAGAUAUUAUAAAGGUCACCUUGAUAGGGUUGUCUGCAUCGCACUUUGCUCUGGAAAAGAAAACUUUCUCUCAUGUUCGCUUGAUCGUACCAUUCUCUUAUGGGACCAUCGGGCUGAAAAACCGCAGGGCUUACUGCGCGCGCAAAGGAGGCCUACAGUUUCGUACGACGCCCAGGGCAUGGUAUUUGCUGUCGCCUAUGGUGGCCGCAUAAAGAUGUUUGAUAUUCGGAAAUUCGGAAUGGGGCCUUUUGCGACCUUCUCUGUCGGCACUGAUGAUUCGGAAGCCCAUGUCGUACAGUUCAGCGGUGAUGGCAGGCGGAUUCUGUUAACCACUAAAGCUGGGCGUGUUCAUGUGCUAGAUUCUUUUGAAGGCAACAGCAUUGCAUCGUUUCGCGCGAAGCCAAUAUUAACCAAUUCGACACUGGAGGCAUCGUUCUGUCCCGAGGGAAACCAUAUCGUAUCUGGCUCCGGUGAUGGUAGUGUCUAUGCUUGGAACGUUGAGAGCGGAAAGGUUGCAUGCUGGGAAAGCACAGAUGUGAAACCGCCGCGGGUAAGGUGGUCUCCAGGAUCCUUGAUGUUCGUGACAGGAACGUCGGAGCUGUCCUGCUGGGUGCCGGAUUUGUCCAAGCUGGAGUCCUUCACCAUCAGCCACACCAACACCAGGUCCAGCUCGUCCCUGUAGGCUUGGACCGAUUUGCAUGCCGUGUGGCCGGUUGACGCGAAGGAGGAACAAGAAAGCAUAGCGGAGCAUCUUGUACCAAUUGAGUUUGUGAUCUGUUCCUGAUGGCCCGGUAAGCUACUAUUGCAACGAUUGUGGUCUUGCGGCAACGCUGCGCGUUGUUUCUGUAGUGAACAUGAACUGUGCAGUUAAUUGGUUACUUUUUCAAAGAAAGAUAUAAAGAAAAUACAGCUCUCUUAUUUGC